AUGAACGACACGGAGCAAAGGAUUUUUCUGAAAGUCUACGAAUCCAAGGAAGCGGCCAGACAUUCUGUCGAAAUUGGAGAUACGAUUGGAUUCAUGCAUUUUCCAAUAAAUUUUUCCCAACACAAUUUAAAUCGCUUGGCUUUUCACCGCUUCGCUGCAAGUGAGGAUUUAGUCGGAAGCACGGUCCAAAUAUCACUCGAUAUGACAAACAAAAUUACGACCAGUUUCGUAGUAGAAACGUUACAAGAGAAAUAUUUAAAAUUUGUGGAAAAGAUGGUAUCACGAACUAAACCAGAUAUGGAUUUACGACAAAUUCAUAUUCCUCUCAAGUUCAAUAACGAUAACUCGAGCGGUUAUCAGUUUGGAUGGCAGGAUUACUUGCUACCUGCCUUUAUUCCGAUAGUGAUCUUUUUGUUUUCGAUGAUUUGCGCAUUUUCCUUGAUUAAGGAUCAGGAGGAUGGGACCCUUAAUAGGUCACAGGCGUGUGGAGUGGAACUCUGGCAUGUCUAUGUUUCCUACUUCGUGUCCGAAUCUCCUACAACUUUGGCGCAAAUUGGAAUUUUCAUUAUAAGUCGUUUCCUCCAGGGUGGGUAUACGAAUAAGGGGUCCUUUUGGUUGUGUUUCGUGAAUGCGUUCUUAUCAGGUUGGAUCGGGAUUGCAAUGGGGCUACUAGUCGCGACGGUUUUGUCUCGAAGUAUGGAAGUCGUUGUCUUCUUGCUACUUGUGCUGUUAACCUCGCUUUAUUCAAGUGGGAAAACCCCCUAGGUUGGGGUUUUCUAGAAAAUUUCCGAAAAAUACCAGGACCUGGGUUCUUCUCGAAAACUCCGCUGCUUUUCGUAGCCCAAUUGAUUUACUGCAUCUCUAAUUUAAGGAAUUCCAUUUUUAAUUCAAGUUUAACGCUAAGAUAACUUCUGCUCUGAAAUUAUCAAUUCCAUCCAGAACGUAUUUAGGUCGUACGGAAACGGUUUUAAAAUAGUGCGACCAAAAUUUUAAAUUAUUUCCCGAUCAGUAAGAGCCUACAUUGCACUAUGUUUAAGUGUUUCUUACCUUCACCUAAAAUGGAGAAACAA